GGAAUAAAAACUAUCAUAAUCUACGCCAGUACUGUGCAUCGGAGAAUGUAAUGCUUUUAAGAGGAAUGGCUUAACCCCAACUAUAAAAUGAAGUGUUUACAUAGGAUUUCCUUGCUGUACUCCAUAUUUUGUGUUUUUCAUGUUUGCAGUCAGGCAUCACUUACUAAGAGAACUAAUAUUGGAAAAGAACCACCAAGUCGAGCCGUAGUUUUACAAGGCAGACAUGCCAAUGUCAAGGCCAGCGCUUCUUCUAGGUUUCCGAAGGGAUCCGGAUUAGGAGCAAUCCACGGAAAGUCCCGAUCAGUCUCCGGAAUGUUGAACUCGAUUGACAGCAAAAAAGUACACGACACACUAAAGAACACGGUGGGAAAAUCUCUCAUUGGACACAAGAAUCAAUUGAUUAACAAAGCCCUCAAUGGAAUAGCUUUGCUAUCCGACGCACAGUCUUUGCCAGGACUUCCUGUAGGAACUGUUUCUGGUGGGAAGCUCUUAAGCAGGGAUCACAGAUUAGCCCCCUCGACAAGUGUUCGCCAUCUUGCUAAACUGAGACGAAGAGUUUCUUCCCCUGGUGGGAUUUCAUCCAGGACAAGGUCAAAAGUUCAGGUCAAAAGUCACCGUAAUAUAGGUCGCACUAGAGGAACCAGUUUUAAGAAAUCUCACCGAGGACAUUUGAAUCAGCAUUCAAAUCAAAAUGGUGGCCUUUCUCUUGGACGACGAUCACGUCACAGAUCAGCUGGUGCUGGGACAAUGGACGUUGGUAGAAAUUCUCUUCAGCAUGAUACAAGACGGUCAAGCUUGCAUGGUAGUGAAACAAAUCAAUUGGGAACAUCGCAUAUUCGUCUUGCAAAGGUUGGACCAUCGUUCACAUCGUCCAUGUCACACACUGCAGAUUUGACAAACGCUCGACUUCUAAGGAUAGAGCCUUCCAGAUCUUUAUCUCAAUCUGUAACUAAAGGCGUUUCAGACGCACACCUUAUUGCGUCUUUACUAGAUCAGGGACAUUUAGAUCACCCUGACCUCACUGCACUGAUGCCUAACUUCGUUGCUGAGGAGCCCCAGAUCUUCGUUGACAAACAGUCAAAUGUCAAGGACACUUAUCCUCAGAUCGUCGUUGGACGACCGGAACCGCUUCUUGCCGCCCCGAUACUUCCGCUUGCUCUCGGAUCGGACGGCCAUGUGUUGACGUCAUCAAAUACACAAAUCAAAGAGGUUCUGAAAUCUGUUUUAAACACGUUGUCAAAUUCCCAGUCUCUCUCGCAGCAAGGCAUCGGAUCUCUAUUGAGGUCGAUUAGGAACACAGUGAACGGCCCCAGGAAAUCUCUAGUCACCGGUAUCCUGGGACCUAGAAUCGAGUUAUCACCAAUCAUUCACGCCGGGUCAAAAGCGGUGUCUACAGAAAAUAUCAUUCGGAUAAAAGAGUCCGGCAACGUGUCGCCGAUCGUACUGAAGACCGGCGGGCAGUUGGAGAUCAGUUCGGGGUUGAACAGGAACCCCACGUUUAAGAUUUACGGGUUCAAACCGUCGUCCAAUGGAGGAAGCAACCACGAUGAGAAAGAUAGCGACGACAAAAAGAAGAAAAACUGAUAGUAAUCUUUAAGACCAUGAACACAUCAGCAAACCAAUGAAAGCAUUUAGUUACAAGAGAGAAACAUCUAACAAUCAUAGAUGGCGUAUUCUGGGAAUUUUAACAGUAUGAAAACACGUUGUAAAGGCUUUGUUUUACAAAAUAACUAAAACUGUAUAAUUAUACGUUUACUGUACGCAGUAUUAUGGCAGUGAAACAUUACUAUAAUUAUUAUUAUAGAGAUAAUGUGCCAUCUUUGAUGUUUGGUGUUUAGAAAAUCAUUAAAAAUGAAUAUCCUCCACUCA